UCAAAACUGGGAAGCCACCCGUGUGAUGACGUCACGGGACUCUGACAAGCUGGUGGUGCCGGAAGAAAAGAUGGCGGAUCAUGAGGAGCAGCUAUCCGAUGAGGAAAAGAUACGCAUAGCAGCUAACUUCAUCAUCCACGCCCCACCAGGGGAGUUCAACGAGGUUUUCAAUGAUGUGCGACUGCUGCUCAACAAUGACAAUCUUCUCAGGGAAGGUGCAGCCCAUGCAUUUGCACAGUAUAACUUGGACCAGUUUACUCCAGUGAAAGUCGAGGGCUACGAAGAGCAGGUCUUAAUUACAGAGCAUGGAGACCUUGGGAAUGGUCGUGUCCUGGACCCUAAGAACAAGAUCUCUUUCAAGUUUGACCACCUGAGGAAGGAGGCCAGUGACCCUCGGCCCCAUGACGUUGACGGCUCCCUGGAGGGCUGGAGGAGUGCUGUGGACUCGGCUGUCAGGGCCUACGUGAAGGAGCACUAUCCCAGCGGUGUCUGCACCAUUUAUGGGAAAACCAUUGACGGACAUCAAACCAUCAUCGUGUGUAUUGAGUGCCAUCAGUUUCAACCAAAAAACUUCUGGAAUGGACGCUGGAGGUCAGAAUGGAAAUUUACCAUCUCCCCCUCCACCACUCAAGUGGCAGGAAUCAUGAAAAUCCAGGUUCAUUAUUAUGAGGAUGGAAAUGUUCAGCUGGUGAGCCAUAAAGAGGUCCAGGAGUCCAUGUCAGUUUCUAAUGAGGCUUCAACUGCAAAGGAGUUUGUUAAGAUCAUGGAGGCUGCAGAGAAUGAUUAUCAGACGGCCAUCAAUGAGAAUUACCAGACCAUGUCGGACACUACCUUCAAAGCCUUACGCCGCCAGCUUCCUGUGACACGCACCAAGAUCGACUGGAACAAGAUCCUGAGCUACAAGAUUGGCAAGGAGAUGCAGAAUGCUUAAACAACAGAGCAAACAGCAGACAACUCCCCCAACACCCUCCCAGACAAUGUUGCAUGACUGGAUAGUUGUAUAGUCUUUGUAAAAAAAUAAAAAAAUAAAAAAAAUUGGAGAAACUGGGUCAAAGAAAGGUUUGGUCUCACAGCCAGAUGUCACAUUACACAUCAGAGGUCUGCUUUUAAUGAUGCUACUUUGUUUUUAUACAAACACUGUUGGCUCCUCUGUAUAUUGAACCUGUGAUGUUGAGGCUAAUUUUAUUUGAGAUAACUUGAGAUGUUACAAGACAUAGGAAAAGGGCACCUUUAUGCAAAGUCACUCAUAAAAGACAGUAUCAUGUGUGCAAUAUUAAUUGUCCGUGAGACCACACCUUUUGUUUGACCUGCUGAAAAACGGUUUGAAUUUGCUAUGAUGGUGAAACUGAUCAUUUUUUUGGGAGAAUUUUGUCUGCAUUUACUAAAGAGCUCAAAUUUUGGCUGAAAAGAAUGACCCCCUUCACUUCACGGUUAAUGUCCCAUAUGGUCAGUGGAAAAAAAUGUUCUUUGUGUUCACUGACUGGUAUCAUUGGCACAAGCAGUCACUGUCAGCCACUCAGUGUUCUUGUUCCCUCAUUUUGGUACUUCCCUUGCCGUUCAUCCUGUGUGUGAGAGCUCAAGCUCACAACGCUCCUGGCUACGUUGCCUUUUUUGACUUGACAUCAUCUGAACUCUCACCCAGUGCAGGGAGUUUUGUGAACACUUAAGCUUAAUUAACACGGUCAUCUACUGCUAAGUAAUGUGCAAAAUGUCCAAUUUACAAUAAAAUCAAAAUGUAUCA